GUUUUGUCACCGCCCACUAGUUACUCACCAGAAGAUCAUCAGCUUUCUAAUUCACCAUUGUAUAGUAAUGAUUCAUCUUAUAUGUAUGAUAACACUUUUUACUAUCCAUCCACUUCAUUGGUAAAAUCGUUUUCACCCGAUGUGUCUACCACACCAGGUUCUCAGUGCGACAAUUACGACUCUAACGUAGGUUUCUCGCAUCUUAUCUGUUCUCAUAACGCUGACGAUUUCGGUGUUGACAUCUCGUAUGGAAGACAAAACAGUUCUGUUGUCUCUGCUUCUCAGGCGCAAGAGCAUGUUGAGACACCUUCGGAUUAUUCAUUUAUAGAUGACAUUUAUGAAAGCGUUAGGGAGGAGAUCGAGGCAGAAAAGUUUGCCUGCAGUUCGACGUUAGCUGCCCCUGAAAAUGCACCACCAGCAAUUCCCAAAAUAAUACUCGCUGUCGAUCAGCCUGUUACUAUCGUUGGAGAAGAUGGUAAGGAAUACAGGGUUGUUCUUCAGUCUGUGGAAGAGAAUGAGAACAAGAGAAAGAGGAAAUCGGAAAACGUUAAGGUGUGUUUGUUGUAG